AUGGGCGCCGAGGCUGCCACCUUUCUCCCAGGCCCACUUCCAGUAGACACGAGCCACGUGCUACAGUGCCCUGCGUCGGCCCUGCCUUUUCUUCAGGAGUUGCGUGCGCGUCGUCCAGUCAACGAGGAUGACCCUUCCAAGAAACUGCCAGAGGUUCAAACUCCGCCAUCUGAGCACGCGACGCGUUCCAAGAUCGCAGACAGCAAUGCCACCGACGACAUGAAAACGGAGCCCGUUGCAAGCGAGCCGGAGCGGGGCCUCACGGAGAACCUCGCGGAUACAUACGUGUCAUCGGGGAGCGCGUGCGUGGAUUUCCUCUUCCACGUGCUGCCGCAGACCGAGCGUGACGAUGCGCACCGGCGGCUCGAGGCCGCAUGGGCGGACGACCCAGCCACGGCGCUGCGGCUCGUGAUGCAGCUGCGCGCGGUGCGCGGCACGGGUAAAAGCGACCGCUCCAGCUUCUUCCACUGCGUCACGUGGCUUUACCAAAACCACCCGCGGACCCUCGUGCAGAAUCUGUGGCUGGUUCCGGAAUUCGGGUGCUUCAAGGAUCUUCUGGAGAUCGUGCGGCUCGCUCUGGCGGAGGAAGGCGUAGACGCCAUGGAGGACGGUACGGUGCCUUGGAAUGGCACGAAUCAUGGAAAGAAGAUGAUGGGGAAGCGCGAUAGGAACGGGAGCAGGGGCGGCAAGGGAGGCAAGAGUCGUGAGGAGCGGGUGGCGGAGAACAGGCGGCAGAUGGCGGAGGAGAGCGAGCGCGCGGCGGUUGUGCGCAAGGAAGCGCACGCGCGGAGGGCGGCGGCGGUGGCUCACGCGUACGAGUCGAGUGAGCGGCUGCGCGCCCUGCACAACGCGGUGGGGGCCGUCUUCGCGGCUGCGCUGAAGGGGGACCUGGAGACGAUGCGCGCAUUUGAAGAGAAGCGCGCGCGGAAGACCGCAGAGGGGGGAGGGGCGAAGUCGGAGGAGGGGAAGUUGAAGAAGGAAAACGAGAAGGCAGAGGCAGGGGAGAAGGCUAUGGAGGUAGAGGGGGAGGGGCUGAAGGAAGAGAAAGAGGAGAAGGGAGGGGAUGGCGAGAGCGGUGGCAAGAAGAAGCGCAAGUGGAUGGGGAUGCCGGCGCCGAAGCUGUCUCUGGCUGCCAAGUGGGCCCCCUCCCCUGGCAAGUCGUUCGACCACUGCACUCUCCUCACCUCCUCCAUCGCCCUCCAACUCUUCCCCCAAUCCUCCUCCUCUUCCACUCCUUCCUCUGCCGCUCCUGCUGCUGCUGCUGCCGCUAAAUCCGAUGCUGCUGAUGCCGAGACGGAUGUGGACGGUGGAGCAGCAGCGGGCGCGGGGGGGUACGUGCGCGCAGCAAAGGAGCGGCUGCAGAGGGAGGUGCUGGCGCCGCUGCGGAGAGCGCUGGAGGUGCCCGAGGUGCACAUGAGCAGCGGGCGGUGGGAGCACGUGGCGUACGGGCGCGUGCCAUCCGUGUGCAUGAAAAAGAGCCGCAAGCUCUUUCUCUCCCAUGACGAGGCGAGGUUCAAAGAGUACCUCGAGGAUGUGAAGGGCGGGGAGGCAAAGAUCGCUUCGGGAGCGCUGCUGCCGCAUGAAGUGGUAAAAACGGCCAUGGAAUCAGUGGGGGAUAGUGACGAUACAGUGGGUGAGCUCCAGUGGAAGGCCAUGGUGGCUGAUGUGCGCAGCAAGGGGUCGUUCGGGAACAGCAUGGCGGUGUGCGAUGUGUCGGGGAGCAUGGCAGGUAUACCCAUGGAGGUGGCCAUUGCACUGUCGCUGCUCGUGAGCGAGGUGAGCAGCGAGCCGUGGAAGAACCACCUCAUUUCCUUCUCCGCGCAGCCCACAAUCCACCGCGUGCAGGGAGAGACGCUGGUGGAGCGCGUGAGACGCACGCAGCACAUGGACUGGGGCUACAACACCAACUUCCAGGCGGUGUUUGACCUGCUGCUGUCCCGCGCGCAGCAGUUCCAGCUAGACCCGGCCGACAUGGUGCAGCGCCUGUAUGUGUUUUCUGACAUGCAGUUUGACGAAGCAGGCAGGGCUGGUGAAGGCGACUGGGAGACGGACCACGAGGCGAUUGUGCGCAAAUACACUGCGGCGGGUUACCCUGUGCCGCAGAUAGUGUACUGGAACCUGAGGGGGGAUGCGUCUGCGAGCAGCACGCCUGUGGCUGCGAGUGAGGAUGGGGUGGCGCUGGUGUCGGGGUUCAGCAAGGGUAUGCUGCUGGCUGUGUUGGAGGGCAAGGAGCUUACUCCCAUGAUAGUGCUCGAGGAUGCUAUCAAGGGAAAGCUCUUUGAGCUCGUUCAGGCCCCAUAUCCACCCUGCUCCUGCCAACCACUUGCCACCUGUGUAACAGAUCCCAGGGGAACAGGCAAGGCCCCACCAACUCCUGCUACCCCUGCUGCCCCUCCCGCAUACCCUCCCUGCCCAUGCCCAUACCCGUAG